GAUGGCGGCUUUCAGGGGAGGCUGAGGGCUCUGGGGAGACUGUGAGAGGUUUCCCGACCGUGCGACUUGGUGAUCCCUUCGCUGUUUCCUGUUCUUAGAUUUCGAGUCGGUCGACCUCCUAGGCCAUCGGGUACUAUGUGGAGAAACUGUCUCCGGCUGCGGGACCGGGGGCGCCUCCUCCUGAACCGGUCCCCGGUUGGCCCUACCGCCUUGGUGGGGCAGAGGCCAAACCCCCAACCCCCGACCCGGGCCUACGCGCCCCCGACAGAAAGGAAGAGGUUUUAUCAGAAUGUCAGCAUCACACAAGGUGAAGGUGGCUUUGAGAUAAACCUGGACCACAGGAAGCUGAAAACUCCCCAAGCCAAGCUCUUUACCGUCCCCAGCGAGGCCCUGGCCAUUGCAGUGGCCACUGAAUGGGACUCCCAGCAGGACACUAUCAAGUUCUACACCAUGCAUCUGACCACAUUGUGUAACACAUCUUUAGACAACCCAACCCAGAGAAACAAGGACCAGCUGAUCCGGGCGGCUGUGAAGUUUCUGGACACUGACACCAUCUGCUACAGGGUGGAAGAGCCAGAGACAUUAGUGGAACUUCAAAAGAACGAGUGGGACCCAGUCAUAGAAUGGGCUGAGAAAAGAUAUGGUGUGGAGAUUGGCUCCUCCACCAGCAUAAUGGGGCCCAGCAUCCCAGCCAGGACUCGAGAGAUGCUCAUCAGCCACCUGUCAUCUUAUAACACGUGGGCCCUACAGGGGAUCGAAUUUGUCGUGGCCCAACUCAAGUCCAUGGUGCUGACCUUGGGCCUGAUUGACCUGCACCUGACAGUGGAGCAGGCUGUCUUGCUGUCACGCCUGGAGGAGGAGUACCAGAUCCAAAAGUGGGGCAACAUCGAGUGGGCGCAUGACUAUGAGCUGCAGGAGCUGCGGGCACGGACGGCCGCUGGCACCCUCUUCAUCCACCUCUGCUCUGAGAGCACCACGGUAAAGCACAAGCUCCUGCAGGAGUGAGGGCCUGGCGGCGCACGCCUGGCAGGACACUGACUGCCCAGCUACGGGCUCGUUGGCCCACAGGGCUCCCUGGCUUGGUGCCUCCGCAGCAGCACCCCAGAUGCCCCGAGCACUGCACAGCUGUCCGGAGGUCAAGUCCAACCGACCAGCAGUGAGCGAGGACGAGUUGUCAGAUGACUUUCUCAGUCUUGAUUUUAUUAAAUAUUUUCGCACCCUGGAAAUGUGUUGAGCCUUUCAUUUCCUGUACCUCCUCUUUUCGCCAUUCUUCUUUAGCAUGUCUGGGGCACAGCAGGGCCCAACACUCACCUCCCCCAGCAUGUUGUGCUAUCCGCUGCCCAUGGCCAGGACCCCACACUGGGGACAGUCAGUCAGCAGCACACACGCUUUUUAUACUCCUGGUUUUUAGUCAAAUGAUCUUUUGA